AUGUCCGCCCGACCUGAGCUAGAGAACGCCCUCCCCAGCCUAAACCGCUUCAUCACAACCCACGACUCCACCACCAAAAAGGCCAUUUUCUCAGACGCCGUCAAUGAAACUUUAGGCUGGACGUCCCUCCCCGGCGCGACCUUCGCGCUCCCCUACCUGACUAAAACCCACCCGGUCAACCUCACCGACUCGACCGACAUAAAGACUUACACGCCUUUUCUCACCUCGCCCCCGGGCCUCGUCGCCUCGGGCGGCUCUGUACUGCGCUUCGUGGACAUGCAGCCUGGCACCUUGUCGCCAAUGCACCGCACGGUGUCACUGGACUACGGGGUUGUUAUCGAAGGGGAAGUUGAGUUGGUGCUGGAUUCGGGGGAGACGAGGGUGCUGAGACGAGGCGAUGUCGCAAUACAGAGGGCGACUAUGCAUGCGUGGAGGAAUACGAGUGCGGAUAAGUGGGCACGUAUGGUGUUUGUGCUACUGGAGAGCCAGCCGAUCGAGAUUAACGGUGAGAAAUUAGGGGAGGAGUUGGGUACUAUGGAGGGCGUGCCUGCGUCGCAUUAG